UUCUUGCAGUCCGCGAGAAGCAAUUUCGGCGCGCGUCAAACAGCAAUCCAGCAAUUCAACCGGUACCAUGCAUGUGUUCGCCUUAUGAACAAGCUCUUCAUCGGUCUCAGCAGAGUCAGACCAUCGCUACACUACCUAUCCACGAAUCGCUCAUCUCUUGCUGGUACUGCUACUAAAUUCGCUCGCAGUGCGGUGACACUGCGUCCUUACCAAGAAGAAUGCAUUCAAUCAUGCAUCACAGCUAUACAAGAGGGCAAACGCCGGAUAGCCGUCUCUUUGGCCACUGGCAGUGGCAAGACUGUCAUUUUCACGCACUUGAUUGAGCGUGUACCAGAAGAGGGUAAACGGACACAAACGCUCAUCCUUGUCCAUCGCAAAGAGCUUGCCGAUCAGGCCGCUGGCCAUUGCAGUCGGACGUACCCUGAGAAGCGCAUUGAGCUGGAGAUGGGCACAACACAAGCUUCUGGUACAGCCGAUAUCACUGUUUGCUCUGUGCAAAGUCUCAUUCGACGGCUAGACAAGUUCGAUCCGUCUCGCGUCAAGUUGAUUUUGAUUGAUGAGGCGCAUCAUGCAGCUGCAGCGUCGUACCUGGACGUCCUCGCGCACUUUGGUGCAGAUACACCAGAGUCUAACUGUAUUGUCAUCGGUGUCUCAGCAACCCUGUCACGUACAGAUGGACUCCAACUUGGCUCAGCACUGGAUCAUAUCGUCUACCACCGCGACUAUGUCGAGAUGAUCAAGGACAAUUGGCUUUGUCCAGUCAAAUUUACGCAGGUCAAGCAACCGGAAGUCAACCUCAAGAAGGUCGCCUUGACCAAAUCCGGCGAGUUCAAUGCCAAGCAACUUGCCAAGACUGUGAAUACCACAGCAAAUAAUCUCGUCAGCGUACGAUCAUGGAUGAAUCGUUGUGCCAGGCAACGACGGAGCACAAUUGUGUUCGCCGUUGAUAUUGGCCACGUCAAUGAUUUGACAGACACAUUUCGACAACAUGGCUACGAUGCUCGGGCCGUGACGUCGUAUACGAGCAAGGCAGAUCGAAUCAAUCUCGUGGAUGCCUUUAGACGGGGCGACUUUCCAGUGCUAGUCAAUUGUGGCAUCUUUACUGAAGGUUUCGAUUUACCUGAGAUUGACUGUGUUAUGUUAUGUCGGCCAACACGAUCACGCGGCUUGCUUGUGCAGAUGAUUGGCAGGGGUAUGAGAAAAGCUGACGGCAAGGCCGAUUGUCAUGUGCUUGACCUGACUAGCUGCCUCGAGAAUGGUGUUGUCUCGCUACCGACACUCUAUGGACUUGACCCGAACGAAUUACUUGAUGCCGAAGAAUUAUCCCUGGAGGAACUUGAAAGACGCGCUGCUGCAUUAUUGGCGAGACGCGAAGCUGCUGCUGCAGAAAUGGAAGCACUUGGUCCUCCCAUUGAAGCAAAAGCACCGCCGACAGCGGUCACCUACUUUGACUAUGACAAUGUCGAAGAUCUCCUCAACGAAUUGAACUCCGCCGGUGGCCGCCACAUCAGUACACUUUCUCAAUUGAACUGGGUCCAGGUGGAUGCCAACAAGUAUAUCCUUUCGCUAGGCAAGCGUGGCUUCAUUCGUGUCCAGCCCUGUGCGACUGACGAGACUCUAUGGAUGGGCACUGAAACACGCAAUCUUCCAUUCUAUGUGGACGCCAUUUUGUCAAAGCCCAAGGUCUUGUUUGAGAGGAUGCCUGGUGUGGAUGGUGCCAUUGCAGCAGCAAGCACGUAUGCUGUGAAAUGCGUUCCGCGCAGCACGCUCUUAAAGAACGCUCCAUGGCGCAGUGCUGAAGCGUCCGAUGCACAAAAGAAGCUGGUCGCGAAACUUGCCAAGAGAACGUUUGAGAAUCGCGUCUUGUCAAAGGGCGAAGCAGCUGAUUUUAUAACGCGCUUCAAGCAUGGUAUGAAGGGCAGUUAUGCAGAGCAUGAAAAAGUCAGCAAACAACAAGCAAAGAUUCAAGAACGGCAGGACAAGUUGGAUGCGAUUCGACAGGACCAAAUUGUUGUUGGUCCGAUGACCGUUUAG